AGUUAGCUGGCACGAUACACUUCCCCAGGGUUGUGUUUCCUUUUUCCUGAGAUUUGGCUAAGGGUAAAGGGUCGGAGUCACAUGGAUUGAAGCAUUUGAUUGAUGUCCAAGUCACCGCUGUGACUGCCGGAGCCGCCUCCCCUCGGGUUGGGGCCGCCUGAGGCCGGAGCGGCGGGCCGGGCCGGGAUCCUGCUCUCCCGGGAGUGUCCUGCUCCGAGUCCCACGCCUCCCGCGCCCGUGUCGCAGCUCAAACAGCCUCCUCUGCCCACGCCCCGGCCUAGGGCCAACAUGUGAAUCUGCGCGUCCCGCUUGGACUCCGCGGAGGCGGCAACUUUGCGGGCAGCAGAGGCGGCAGCAGGCGCGGGGCAGCGCACUUGCCCCCAACCCCGCGCCCGGCCGGCCACCAUGAGCGACGAGAGUGCCAAGGACGCGGACAAGCAGCUUCGUCUGCGCGUGUGCGUGCUCAGUGAGCUGCAGAAGACCGAGCGCGACUACGUGGGCACGCUGGAGUUCCUGGUGUCGGCCUUCUUGCACCGAAUGAACCAGUGUGCAGCAGCAAAGGUUGACAAGAAUGUGACAGAGGAAACGGUGAAGAUGCUGUUCUCCAAUAUCGAGGAGAUCCUUGCCGUCCAUAAGGAGUUCCUGAAAGUGGUAGAAGAAUGCCUGCACCCCGAGCCCAACGCCCAGCAGGAAGUGGGGACCUGCUUUCUACACUUUAAAGACAAGUUCCGUAUCUAUGAUGAAUAUUGCAGCAAUCAUGAAAAGGCACAGAAGCUGCUUCUUGAACUGAACAAAAUAAGAACAAUCCGGACGUUUCUUUUAAACUGCAUGCUGCUGGGAGGACGGAAGAACACAGACGUUCCCCUGGAAGGGUACUUAGUGACACCAAUACAAAGAAUAUGCAAGUACCCUCUCCUCUUGAAGGAAUUACUGAAGCGGACUCCACGGAAACACGGUGACUACGCAGCAUUGAUGGAAGCCCUCCAAGCCAUGAAAGCUGUCUGUUCCAACAUAAAUGAGGCCAAGAGACAGAUGGAGAAACUGGAAGCUUUAGAGGAGUGGCAGUCACACAUUGAAGGCUGGGAGGGAUCCAAUAUUACCGACACCUGCACAGAGAUGCUGAUGUGGGGAGUCUUAAUGAAAAUUUCUUCUGGAAAUAUUCAAGAACGGGUGUUUUUUCUCUUUGAUAAUCUGUUGGUGUACUGCAAAAGAAAACACAGACGGCUGAAGAAUAGCAAGGCAUCCACAGAUGGACAUCGGUACAUUUUUCGAGGUCGGAUCAAUACUGAGGUGAUGGAAGUGGAAAAUGUGGAUGAUGGCACAGCGGAUUUUCACAGCAGUGGGCACAUUGUUAUGAACGGGUGGAAGAUCCAUAACACAGCAAAAAAUAAGUGGUUUGUGUGCAUGGCAAAAAGCGCCGAAGAAAAGCAUGAAUGGUUUGAAGCUAUUUUGAAAGAAAGAGAACGCCGAAAAGGCUUAAAAUUAGGAAUGGAGCAAGACACCUGGGUAAUGAUCUCUGAGCAGGGUGAGAAAUUGUAUAAGAUGAUGUGCCAACAGGGAAAUCUGAUCAAAGACAGAAAAAGAAAACUGACUACAUUCCCCAAGUGCUUCCUUGGAAGUGAAUUUGUGUCAUGGCUGCUGGAAAUUGGGGAGAUUCGCAGGCCUGAAGAAGGUGUUCACCUGGGACAAGCACUGUUAGAAAAUGGGAUCAUCCACCAUGUCACUGAUAAGCAUCAGUUCAAGCCAGAGCAGACGCUGUAUAGAUUCCGCUAUGACGAUGGCACAUUUUACCCCAGGAGUGAGAUGCAGGAUGUGAUUUCAAAGGGCGUAAGGCUGUAUUGUCGUCUUCACAGUUUGUUUACCCCUGUGGUCAGAGAUAAAGAUUACCAUUUAAGGACCUACAAAUCUGUAGUCAUGGCUAACAAACUGAUAGACUGGUUAAUUGCACAGGAUGGACAUCAUGUCCUCUUGCAUCAGUCCCUGCAGCUUCAGAAGUCUGAUAUCGUGAAAUGCGGUGAUUGCCAUACCAGGGAAGAGGCAAUGAUAUUUGCUGUCGGACUCUGUGACAAUGGAUUUAUGCACCAUGUCCUUGAGAAAAGCGAAUUCAAAGAUGAGCCUCUACUUUUCCGCUUCUUUGCCGAUGAGGAAAUGGAAGGAUCAAAUAUGAAACACAGGCUGAUGAAGCAUGACUUGAAAGUUGUGGAGAAUGUCAUAGCGAAGUCGCUAUUGAUUAAAUCCAAUGAAGGCAGCUAUGGCUUUGGGCUUGAAGACAAAAAUAAAGUUCCAAUCAUAAAGUCAGUGGAAAAGGGGUCUAAUGCUGAGAUGGCCGGUAUGGAAGUUGGGAAGAAGAUCUUUGCUAUUAAUGGUGACCUGGUUUUCCUGAGACCUUUCUCUGAAGUCGAUUGCUUUCUGAAGUCAUGCUUAAACAGCAAAAAGCCUCUGCGCAUCCUCGUGAGCACAAAGCCAAGGGAGACAGUUAAAAUCCCAGAUUCUGCAGACGGGCUGGGUUUCCAGAUCAGAGGCUUUGGCCCUUCCGUGGUGCACGCGGUGGGAAGAGGUACUGUGGCCGCAGCAGCUGGUCUUCACCCAGGGCAGUGUAUUAUCAAAGUUAAUGGAAUCAAUGUCAGCAAAGAGACACACGCCAGUGUCAUCGCACACGUUACAGCCUGCCGGAAGUACAGGCGGCCAAUGAAGCAAGAUUCCAUACAGUGGGUUUAUGAUAGUCUUGAAAGUGCUCAUGAAGACCUGCACAAGUCCCACUUGAAGCCCUCUGGAGACGAGGCAGGGGAAGCUUUCGACUGCAAAGUAGAAGAGGUCAUCGACAAGUUCAACACCAUGGCCAUUAUCGAUGGCAAGAAGGAGCACGUGAGUCUGACAGUGGACAAUGUCCACCUUGAGUAUGGGGUUGUCUAUGAAUACGACAGCACAGCAGGCACCAAGUGCAACGUCGUGGAGAAGAUGGUGGAGCCCAAAGGCUUCUUCAGCCUUACUGCCAAGAUUCUGGAAGCCCUAGCAAAAAGUGAUGACCAUUUUGUACACAACUGCACCAGCCUUAAUUCUUUGAAUGAUGUGAUACCCACUGACCUUCAGAAUAAAUUCAGCACCAUGUGCAAUGAAAGAGUGGAACACGUAUGCCACAGAAUAUCCAGUUAUAGGAAGUUCUCUCGGGUGCUGAAGAACAGAGCCUGGCCCACCUUUAAGCAGGCCAAAUCCAAGAUCUCCCCACUGCACAGCAGCGACUUCUGCCCGACCAACUGCCAUGUCAACGUGAUGGAAGUUUCUUAUCCUAAAACAUCAACUUCCCUGGGGAGUGCCUUCGGGGUUCAGCUGGAUAGUCGGAAACAUAAUUCUCAUGAUAGAGAAAAUAAAUCUUCGGAGCCUGGGAAACUGAGCCCCAUGGUCUACAUUCAACACACAAUCACAACCAUGGCAGCCCCUUCGGGCCUGUCUCUGGGACACAAAGAUGGCCAUGGACUGCGAUAUUUAUUGAAAGAAGAAGACUUAGAAACUCAAGACAUCUAUCAGAAACUGCUCGGCAAACUGCAGGCUGCACUGAAGGAGGUGGGGAUGAGCGUCUGUCAGAUAGACGACCUUCUGUCUUCAAUAACAUAUUCCCCUAAGUUGGAGCGUAAGACAACAGAGGGUGUGCUCCCACCUGACAGUGACAAUGACAAGGGAGAGAGGAACAGCAAACGCGUCUGCUUCAACAUAGCAGGGGAUGAGCAAGAGGACUCAGGCCACGACACCAUCAGCAACAGAGACUCUUACAGUGACUGCAAUAGCAACAGGAAUUCGAUUGCCUCCUUCACAAGUAUCUGCAGCAGCCAGUGCAGCUCCUACUUCCACAGCGAUGAGAUGGACUCAGGUGAUGAACUUCCUAUCAGCAUCCGGAUAUCUCAUGAUAAACAGGACAAGAUCCACACUUGCCUGGAGCAGCUUUUCAGCCAGAUGGAUUCCAUAACCAACCUCUUGAAAGGGCAAGCUGUUGUGAGAGCCUUUGAGCAAACCAAGCAUCUCACACCAGGUCGAGGAUUACAAGAAUUCCAGCAGGAAAUGGAGGCAAAGCUGAGUUGCCCGAAAAGACUAAGACUUCACCUCAAACAGGACCCCUGGAAUCUGCCCAGCAGCGUCCGGGCGCUUGCACAAAACAUCAGGAAGUUUGUUGAAGAGGUGAAGUGUCGGAUAUUACUGGCUCUCCUUGAAUACUCAGAUAGUGAAACCCAGCUCCGGAGAGACAUGGUUUUCUGCCAAAGUCUUGUGGCCACUGUCUGCGCCUUCUCUGAGCAGCUCAUGGCGGCCUUAAACCAGAUGUUUGACAACAGCAAGGAAAAUGAAAUGGAGACUUGGGAAGCCAGCAGAAGGUGGCUGGACCAGAUUGCAAAUGCAGGUGUUCUCUUCCACUUCCAGUCACUUCUGUCACCAAAUUUGAAAGAUGAACAAGCCAUGCUAGAGGAUACACUGGUAGCAUUAUUUGAUUUGGAAAAAGUUUCCUUUUUCUUCAAACCAUCAGAAGAGGAGCCCCUGGUUGCAAAUGUCCCUCUUACAUACCAAGUGGAAGGAAGCCGGCAGGCCUUGAAAGUUUACUUCUACAUUGAUAGCUACCAUUUUGAGCAACUGCCUCAACGGUUGAAGAAUGGAGGAGGCUUUAAAAUUCACCCUGUGCUCUUUUCACAAGCCUUGGAGAGCAUGGAAGGAUAUUGCUAUAGAGACAAUGUUUCCGUGGAACAGUUUCAAGCCCAGAUAAACGCCACCUCCCUGGAAAAGGUCAGACAGUACAAUCAGAAGCUCAGGGCAUUCUACUUGGACAAGUCAAAUUCACCGCCAAACGCCACAUCCAAAGCUGCCUAUAUCGAUAAGCUCAUGAGACCCCUGAAUGCGUUAGAUGAGCUCUACCGGCUGGUCACCUCGUUUAUCAGAUCCAAACGCAUUGCUGCCUGUGUGAACACGCCUUGCGGAGCCUCCGGAGUCGGUCUGCUGUCCGUUUCCUCAGAGCUGUGCGACAGGCUCGGUGCCUGUCACAUCAUCAUGUGCAGCAGUGGUGUGCACAGGUGCACCCUGAGUGUGACGCUGGAGCAGGCCAUCACUCUAGCCAGAAGCCACGGGCUGCCCCCUCGAUAUAUUAUGCAGGCUACUGACGUGAUGAGGAAGCAGGGUGCAAGAGUUCAGAACACAGCAAAGAACUUGGGGGUUAGAGACCGGACUCCUCAAUCAGCUCCAAGGCUGUACAAGUUGUGUGAGCCACCACCCCCAGCUGGAGAAGAAUAAGCGUUCCUAGGAGCCAAGCAGGCAGAAGCUUCCAAAUGCUGACCAAGUCAAUUUUCUCCACUGAAGAGAAAGAGAUUCAUAUUUAAGAUAUAACCACCCCUCAUCCCCCUGGUGUAAAUAACUGAUAUUUGGUUCGCUUUGGAUAUUUAUGUUGGAACUAGCAGUUCAUUCAGACAAUCCAGUCUCACACUCUGUAUACUGACAUUACAGAUUUAUGUGAGGGCAAAAUUCACUGCUGGAACUUAGAGGUAAAAUAUACAGUGGUAAAAGAUGAACUGUUUUGGUCCCUUUCUCAUUCAUUAAUUAUAUUGUAUUUGUUUUUAACUUCCAUACUGGGCACAUGUAAUACUUAACAUUUCUUCCUGAAGAAGUCUGCCACUAAAAAUGAUGGCCACACUCUGGAAGCCAGCAUACAGAAAUGUUAUGGACAGUGUCAAUUGGGAGACACAGGAUUCUGUCUCCCGCCUGUACCACACAGAAGUGCAUGUGUGGGAGGUAGGAAAUUACACACCCCCGCUUCUUGGUAGUCAAGAAAGGUGAAGUUUUCUUGACUUCUUCCCUGUUGUCAAGUCUGCUGUCUCUCUGUGUAAACAUUCCAACAGGCAGGUGCUUCUGUCGAUAUCUGCGGUGAGCCCUGAACACUAGCUGACUCCACUGAUGGCUGUGGGCAGGGAGUUGCCAGGAUUGGGGAAGGGAGAGGAAUGAGUGAGGAAGAAAAAAAUGUAUUUGGAAGCUCAACCUUGAACUAAGAUAAGUUUAAUUUUUGAAGUCUUCCUGUGAGAUGCCAGACACUUAAAUAAUAUACCAUCAGGAGUAUUUUUCUAUAAAGUUGUAUGAAUAAGAUGUGAAAAUGAUUUAUUUGUUGUACUUUGAAGGGCCUUUAACAAAGAACCUUGAUAAUUUAUGCAACUUAGGUAUAGACUGUAUUCAUUCUAAAGUAUAUGCAAUAAACAUUCUGUGUCACUAUACUAAUAUUGUUUUUAUCACCAUGAGUAGAUUAAUAUUGGUUUUAAAUAUAUAAUUUUAAAAAUAAUUAAAAUAUUCUCACUGUGAUUAUGA